AUUGUUCACUGAAUAAAGAAACUAGUUGAAUUCAACUUUGGCGUGAAUCCCUCUCAUUUCUCGACUCUCGGGGACUCAGAAUCGGGCAAGGAACGGCUGCAUCCUUCGCCUUCAGUUACGGUGAUCGUGAAUCUGCCCCCUGCGCUCGCCAACUCUAGCUCCAUGUGUUCUGAUUGAUUGAAAUCUCUUGUGCACGCUUCCUUUUUUGCAAUCGCCGCUACCUCCCGCGGCGGGGUCGUGCUCCAGUUUCUUGGCAGUUCCCCUUAGCCUCAUCGAAGUUAUGGUGUGAGCAAGCGGCCAAGCCCAGUGCGGCGAAGCUGGCCAUGGCUGAAUCAACGGCGAGCACGCAGAGCAGCAGCAACAACAACCACCGGACCGAAGAACAGGACGAUGACUACAUGGGUGACCUCUCACGCUUCCUUCCAUCUGAGACUCUUCCAAAACCUUCAUCCAAGAAGAUCUCUGGCAAGAAAGACCCUCCGAUCAGCUCUUCCAAGAAUAAGUUAAAAACACUCAGCUGGCAAGAACGGCGAAAACUUGAAAGAGAAAGAAAACAGAAAGAAGAGGAUGAGCAAACAUUGGCAAAAGUGGAAGCUCCAAUACCACAAUCCAACAUUGGGUUUAAGCUGCUCAAACAAAUGGGUUAUACGCCCGGUGCUGCCCUUGGCAAAGAGGGUUUGGGUAGGGCUGAGCCAGUGGGGAUUGAGAUUCGACGAUCGCGAGCUGGUAUUGGCCUAGAUGAUCCUCACAAGGAGAAGAGGAAAAAGGAGGAAAUCAUCGCUGAGAGAAAAAGGAGGAAAGAGGAGGAUCUAAUGCAAGACUUUGGGUUGAGACAGAAGUCGCGAUGGCAGAGUAAGAGAGUUGUAGCCAAUUUCCAUAAGGCAAAGGUUGCCCUUGAUCAAUUAGAGAAUAGAGAAAUCAUUGAACCGGAAAAGAAUGAGGAUGAUGAAGAAAAGGAAGAUGAGGAAGAGGAAGAAAUAACAGAAGAGGAUUUGCAAGAAGUUUUGAUGAAACUGAGGGAUGACCACAAUUAUUGCCUCUUUUGUGGAUGCAAGUAUGAAUCAAAGGAUGCUCUCUUGACCAACUGCCCUGGAACCAAUGAAGAUGAUCACUGACUUGAUGGUAUCUGAGAUGAACCUGACUGUGCGUUGUCGUCUCUUCUUUUUCGCCAAGCAAGCGCUGUUGCCUGUAAAUGCAUAUUGCAAUGAUGUGAACAUGGAUAUGCAUUAUAUUUUGCCUGCCGGAGCCUAUUAUCGUUGAGCUCAAGCUUGCCUCAUCACUAACCCCAAUGCCUAAUGGCAUACCUUAUUAUAGGGUAUGAAUUAGUUGAUUUGAUGUAGGGUUUAUGUUAUACUUCAGUUUAGUUCAAAUGAGU